GCAGGCGCUCUCUGCCCCGAGAAGGCCAGCGUGGACCCGCUGCUAGACCUCAGGGACGUCACGGACGCCAGACAGGCGUCCACCGCGCUCCCCAAGGGCGCCGAGGCCGGGAGCACCCGCCUCCGGGUCCUCUCGCUGCAGGGCUUCGUCGCGGAGCAGGAUGGUCGGCCGCAGAUGGUGAAGAUUGCCGGCGGCGGCAUCGAGGAGUUCAGGACCAUCGAGGCCCUGCGACCGUGCUGCCCCGAGCACGAGCACGCGGAGAUGAUACUGGACGCCCCCCUGGACAUGGACUACGGCAGGAAGAGCAGAGUGGAGGCCGUGCACCCGCUGGUGAGCGCCGUGAUCAGCCAGGGACCACCUGGCUGCACCGACACUGAAGCCAUAGGGUUCCUGCACUCCUUCGACAAGAACAGGGACAACAUGUUGAACUUCAAAGACGAGUUCUCUCGAGGCAUGCAGCUGUACGUUCAUGGAGACCGGAAGCCGAAGAAGCUGGACCUCCAGGUCAUACACACCGACGUGAGGCGCAUCGGCGAUCUGCUGGGCUGCCCGCUAGCCUUCGGCUACAACUGCCCCGUGAAGCCGGGCGCUAAAACGCCGGUGGAG